AUGGAGGAGGAGGAGGCCGCCGGCGUGAGGAAGCGGAAGCGGGGCGGGGAGGCCGCGGUCGUCGUGGUGUCCGGCGAGGCGGGGCUCGUCGAGGGAGGCGGUGGCUUCUCGUGGAAGGAGGCGGAGAUGGAGGAGGGGGAGGAGUACGAGGGCAUCGCGGAGGAGUCGGUGGAGGAGGUGAUGCGGUGGCUGGAGCUGGAGAUCUCCUCCUCGCCGGGGAAGGGCGGCGACGACGGCUUCGUGACCAUCAACGGCAACGAGGAGAGCUGCGGCCCGUCCUUCUCCGCCGCGGCGUCCACCGUGAUGGCCUCCGUGGACACGCGCGCCGGGGCGCCGCCGCCCCCGACGGCCAUCCCCUGGCCGUGGCCGGAGCCCGACGACACCAAGGCGGCGGCGACGGCGUCAGCGGCGGACGGCGACGACGACGCGGACAUGGCCGAGCUCGUCGACGAGGAGUGGCUGGUGGAGCUGCUGACCGGCGGCGGGCCCGCGCUGGAAGUAGAGUAG